GCGGGCAGCUUUACAGUGAACGAGCGUGGUGGUUCCUAGUCCUUAUGAAAGUAAAGUGCCCUUGUAAUCAACCAGAGAAGCAGGCGUUUUCGCAGUCAGCCGCGUAGCUGCGACGGUGCACAGAAGACACAGCGUCCGGCUCAGAGUGUCACGACCCACGGGCGUCAGGAAGCCUUCUCCCACCCGGCAUGUGGAACCUGCGUUCUCCUUGAAUGACCUACACACCAACCCUAAAAACACGCAGUGGUCCCGCUGGCACCUGAGCAGCAGCAGCAAGCAGCAGCAGCAGGGUUGGAGCGCACUGAUCCAAAACCCAGCAGGCGGCGAGCCAGAACACAGCGAGUCCCAUGCAGGCCGAGCCGACCCAGAGCAGCUGACCCGCGGGGGACGAACCAGGACACGGCCGCGUCAGAAAGGAGCAGUCUGGGAGUUUAAAGCCGGUCACCACUGCAGGACUCGCCACCGUUUGCUGACACCACAUGAUGUACACAAUCACCAGAGGUCCCAGCAAACUUGUUACACAGCGGAGGACAGGUCCCACGCAGCAGAUCGAGAGCAAGUUCAGCGACUUGAAGCUAAAGCCCACCUCCUGGUUGGCCUCUAACUCCCCGCCCCCAAAGAUCGUCUUCAACCGACUCAACGGGAAGCGCCACAACGGGACGGCCACGCAGAAGAGCCACAGCCCCGCCGCAGAGGGAUUCACACCCGCGCACGAGGAGAACGUCAGAUUCGUCUACGAAGUUUGGCAGGAGGUGGAGCAGAAGCUGGAGGACCGAGGGGAGUCGGCUGACAGCAAGGGGCCUGUUCAGUACACAGAGAAGACCCCCAGCACUGUAAUGAAGAACUUUGUGCCUAUAGACCUGGAGGAGUGGUGGGCUCAGCGCUUCCUCGCCAACAUUGCCAACCUGUCGUAACAAAGAGUCUGCAUCGGCGCUCACCGCGAGGAGACCGGAGACGGCCCGUCCCCCCAAGCUGCAGUUUUGUCUUUUUUUUUUUUUUUUUUGGAAUCUGAUUUUAAAGCCGCCUGGUUUUACGCUGUUCUAGAGAAACCUCGGUUCAGUGUUAACCCGAGCGUCGCAGCUGCAGCGCCCUGAAUGCGGACUCUUGACAGAACUGACCUCAUGCUGUGCUGCGUUAAAGGACACCUCUCUGUACUUGAACAAUGUAUGAGAAGCUGCGGGAGUUUCCUCCUCUUUUAAAUUCACCCAGCUCUCUGUGCUUUUUGGGUGUUUGGAUGUUAAACUUAAAAAAGUAAACAUGUUUUUCAAAUA